GCCAGUUAGUUGGCUUUCGUUUAUAGAGAAGGGAGGUUCUGUUUUACGUUUGUUUCGCAUAAAUCGAAACUUUAAAAACUUUUACGUAGUUAUGCGAUAUUUGCUUACUGAGUGAGAAUUACAUAGAAGGUAUUAACCUGAGAUUACGAAUAAACCAUUAGUUGUAAAGUCUAAGAAGUACCAAUAAUACAAUCGUUAACAUUCUUCGGGUGUUACCUCGUGAAAAGUGUGUGAGAAAUUGUUUGGAAACUUUUUUUAUAUAACUGGAUAAUUUAUACUUUUCAGACACAACAAUGCUGCCAAGGAAAAGAAACUGCAACUUAAUCAUCCUCACAGUAUUAUGUCUAGUCAGAAUUUCAUUUCAGCAUGGUUCAGGAGCGCCGCCUGGGGCCUGCAUCGACCAAAUGCCACGUCACAGUGGCAUUUUACCCCAGUCUUCAGUGCCCCCGUAUUCGAUAAUAACGUCAGCCUCGCAAGUGAAACAGGGGGACAGUCUAAAUGUCACCAUUGGUAGUCCCUUCGGAGCCCCCGUCCCUAUUGGGGGGUUCAUAGUUCAAGCGAGAGCUAUACAGAACCCAGAGCAAAUAGUGGGAAAAUUCCUAACUGUACCAGAUCCAGCCACCACACAGAUCAUUAAUUGUCGUGGUGAUAACGAUACAGUAACGCACUCCACACCCGAGGACAAACCUCCACUGACGUUUGUAUGGCAAGCGCCGAAAGACUUUUUGGGAGGAGUCGAGUUUAAAGCAACAGUCGCACAGGGCUACGCAACCUUCUGGCGCAAUGUGGGAUCGCCCCUCGUGGAGGUAGUGACACCUGACACGGAAUUAAACCCACCGACCACUCCAACCACUACGCCUAGGAACUCUCCACCACCGCCCGUUAUUAUGGAAUCUAAGCCAAAGACAACCCCACCGCCCCUAGACUUAAUAUACCAAGGAUGCGCCGAUACAAAGCUAUGCUUCGGAGUCCCACAAAAUUGCAUACCAACUGGCAACUGUAAAGCCAUAGUAGCAGUUUUUGUAGCUGGCGACACUUAUACGUUCGAAAUUCAAGGCACAGAUAAUCCAAAAUACGUCGCCGCUGGCUUGAGCACAGAUAAUAAAAUGGGUGAUGACAGCGCGAUGGAAUGUGUCAGAAAUGACAAUGGCCGAAUUAACUUGUACACAUCUUGGACAUAUCCAAAAGUGGAGCCGUAUGUGAAAAGGUCGGAUUCUCCUCAAGAGAUAGUCCAGUUGCUAGAAUCUUCGACGAUAGACGGGAAGCUGUAUUGUAAGUUCAGACGUGAUGUGGUCUCCGUAGUAAUGGGACAAACAUUCGAUCUGGCGAAGAAUACAUAUAACUUGAUGGUGUUAGCUGGCAGUUCUAUGAAAGACACAGAACGCGUAGGUUUCCACGACCUAGCGUACGAGGCGACGGGAGAGCCGCUCGCGCUGGCCACAGUGGGCACGGCGGCCGCUUCCUCCAAGCUGUUGCUGAAACUGCACGGCGCUUUCAUGAUAUUGGCCUGGCUGGGCUCGGCUUCCCUCGGCAUUAUUGUCGCUAGAUAUUUCCGUAAGACGUGGGUUGGCAAGACGCUUGGUGGAAAGGACAUGUGGUUCGCUUACCACAGAAUUCUCAUGGUGAUAACAUGGCUGCUAACAGUGGCUGGGUUCAUUCUGAUAGUUUUGGAAGUUGGUACCAUUGCCACCACUGGCGAUAACCCUCAUGCUAUUACCGGUCUUAUAACUGUUAUCCUGUGCUUUUUACAGCCUAUUGGUGCUUACUUCAGACCGCACCCCGGCACUAAAAAGAGGCCCUAUUUCAACUGGGGCCAUUGGUUCCUUGGGAAUGCUGCACAUAUCUUGGGAAUUGCAACAAUCUUCUUCGCUGUCAGUCUCCAAAAGGCGGAAUUACCAUCUUGGAGUAUUUUCGUGAUGGCAGCAUUUGUUGUGUUCCACGUUGUUAUGCAUAUCGUAUUAUCGCUAACAGUUUGCGUGUCGGAGGGCCGCAUAUCCAACGGGCGCGUGAACGCGUUCCCCAUGAAGGACAUGCUCGGCCCGCGGCCGGCCGCCGAGCGCGGCGACGCGCCGUUCUCGGGCUUCAGAAAACACCUCCUUGGAGUUUACGCGCCAAUAAUUCUGUUAUUCGCCAUUGCUAUGAUCUGUUUGGUUGCCCUUGCGCCAAUCAGCGACACCUACAGCAAUAUGAUGGGAGCUUAGAUAUGUUUAAAUUAUAACCCCUUACGAUCUAAAAUAGAAACAAAACGAUUCGAAGUUCGAACAACGUCUAGAUUUUUGUAGGAAAA